GAAGAGGAGUAAGAAGAGGAAGAAGAAGAAGAAGAAGAAAUCGUGCUAGUUUCGAAACAGAAGAAAGGAAAGUAAAACGAACUGAGUCUUGUCUCCUGUCUGAACUGAGUGCACUGCUUUGACCGCCGCAGCCAUGCUGACCUGUGACAUCUGUGGAGAGGAGGUGCUGCUGGCGGAGGACAUGAAAACACAUCUCCUUCUCAGCCACCUGGAAAACGACAUGCGCUGCCCACUCUGCUCCCUGUCUGGAGUGUCCUAUGAUGAACUGUGUUUCCACAUCAGCUCUGCUCAUCCAGAGCAGCAGCUCACAGCGCAGGGUGUGGCCGACUUCACACCCAGCUCUGCUGUAACAGACACGGGUCUAACUGAGAGCCAGGAGCCCCAAACCUCUCAGUCCUGCUUGGCUGGGGGCAGCUGUGAUCCAGCUGGUGGAGCGAUACCCACCUGUGCCUCUGGCCCCACAACAGACUCUGGGCGACCUCAACAGAACGGUACACCUGAAAGUGGGUGUUCAUCGCCCAGUCGAACUGGACCCAUCCCCUUGACUUUGACAUCACAGAGUCCUGAAACUAGGCCAGAGUCUGUCAGGCAACGCGAGGAAGACAAUGACGGAUUUAAAUCUGAGCAUAACAAAGCCAAGCAGAAGCGUCUGUCUUCACCGAGAAAAGAGAAGCUGUUCUCCUGCCCCAUGUGUGCCCUGGUCUGCAGCAGCUGUUUCAUCCUGCAGGAGCAUGUGGAGCUGCAUCUAGAGGAGCAGCACUCAGCUGAGGGGGCGACGCUGGAGGCGUGUUCACCUGCCAUGACAUCACCAUCAUCCAGCCAUGUCUCAGGAGAGAAGAGACUUGAGUGUCCCAUGUGCUCCGUCGUCUGCGGUGACAGCUUCUCUCUGCAGGAACAUGUGGAACUGCACUUAGACCACGGAACAGGGAGUCCGGGCUCAGACCUGCAGCUGGCCACGCAGCUGCAGCAGGAGGAGGAGCAGAGGAGGAGGCAGGAGGAGGCCCAGCUGGAGGCAGAGGAGUUCAAGAAGCUGCAGAGGCAGUUCGGUCUGGACGGCAGAGGGGGCUACCGCAGACAGAUGGAGAGGACCAUGGAGAGAGCUGUGGCCGGGGGCCGCAUGGGCCCCGCAGAGUUUCACUGCAAGAGGGCCGAGAUGAUGGAGUCUCUGGCCUCGGGGGUCGAUGACAACAGAACCAGAACUCAGGGCGUGGUCACAGCGUUGUAUGAAUACUACCAGACUGAAUGCAGAGACGUCGCUCACGUGUGGCUGAGCGCCGACACCGACCACUACUGCUCCUCGGCGGGGGAUAAAGGCUGGGGCUGCGGGUACAGAAACUUCCAGAUGCUCGUCUCCUGCCUGCACAGGAUCGACAUGUAUCUGACCUGCCUGCAAGAGAAGGCCGUGCCCAGUAUCCCCCGGGUGCAGGGUAUGAUCGAGGAGGCUUGGAGAGGAGGAUUGGAUCCACAAGGUGCGUCCCACUUCAACCAGCGGCUGCAGGGAACACGAGCCUGGAUCGGAGCAACGGAGAUCUACAGCCUCCUCACCUCUCUGGGAAUCAGUGCUCGCAUCAUCGACUUCCACCAGCCGACCGGCCCCGGUGACACCCACCCCCGGCUGUUUGACUGGGUGAAGCAGUACUUCUGUCAGUCCAGCAGGAGCAGCAGACUACCCCCCAGACUCAUCCAGACCUCCCUGCCCCCGCUGUACCUGCAGCACCAAGGUCACAGCCGCUCUAUUGUGGGCUUGGAGCAGAAGAAAAACGGGAACCUGUGCCUCCUGGUUCUGGAUCCUGGCUCCUCGGCAUCAGACACCAGGAAGCUGAUGAGCAGGAACACCGUCUCCACAGCCGUCCGCCACGUCAGGAAGUUCCCCGGCAGCCUGAAGCACAAACAGUACCAGGUGGUGGCUGUGCAGGGGGUGUUGACUGCGGAGGAGAAACAGAGGAGCAUCUUGAACUCCGGGAUGUUGUGUGCUGAGCGGAUCCCGUGAACAGAAAACACACUUCUGCUUUUACUGUGAACACAUCUGAUUUACCUCUUUUAUUUAAUGUCGUCAUUUUGUACUUUUUAAAUGUUUUAAAUAAACUAUUUUCUCUCCAUG